GGAAAGCCAGAUACAGAAGUGAAAGAAGAUGAAGAAUACAAACGUGUUGAUUUUAGUAAAGUUCCAAAGCUGAAAGCUGUUUUCCAAAAAGAAAAUGGAACGGUUACAGCUGCUAAUGCCAGUACUCUGAAUGAUGGAGCGGCUGCUUUGGUGCUGAUGACUGCAGAGGCAGCCAAGAGACUGAAAGUCAAACCAUUGGCACGGAUAGUAGCUUUUGCAGAUGCUGCUGUUGAUCCCAUUGACUUCCCAAUUGCACCUGCCCAUGCUGUUCCCAAGAUUCUAAGUGAGACAGGCCUCAAAAAAGAAGAUAUUGCAAUGUGGGAAAUCAACGAAGCGUUCAGUGUUGUGGUGCUCGCCAAUAUUAAAAUGCUGGGUAUUGAUCCACAAAAAGUAAAUAUUAACGGAGGUGCUGUCUCUCUUGGACAUCCGAUAGGAAUGUCUGGAGCAAGAAUUGUUGUUCACAUGGCCCACGCGUUGAAACAAGGACAGUAUGGUCUUGCAGGAAUCUGCAAUGGAGGCGGAGGUGCUUCUGCAAUCUUGGUCGAGAAGCUCUAGGCCCAUGUGGCGUUGGAAAGAAAGCCUUACGCCUUCUCUGAUCAAAGUGAGGAGUGGUACCUGUUACAUCUUAUUUAUCAGUAAGUGGGUGAAUUCCUUAACUGCUAUUCUGCAAUUUCUUACAACAGCAUUGAUUAUUGAUACACACAACUGGGCUUUUAUUACUUUGACUUAGUGCAAGUUUUUAUACAGGACAAAUAAACCCCAUCAAAUUACGGUGAUGUCUUGAGACCUGACAAUAAACAAUGUUUGUUAACU